AUGUUGGGCCCGGGGGCGGCGGGACGGGCGCUGAGCCGGGCCCUGAGCCUGAGCCAUGGCCCGGUGAGGGCGGGGACACCGGGAGCGGCGGGGCAACGAGCCCUGAGCCUCAGCCAUGGCUCGGGCUCGGUGGUGGUGGAGCGCGUGUGGCCGGUGCCGCUGGGCCGGGCGGGGGCGGCGCCCCGGCUGCACCCGCGGCGGCACCGCGUGUACCGGCUGCUGCGGGACGGCAAACACCUGCCCCGGGGCAGCAUGGAGCUGCUGCUGACCCGCGCCGUGCAGGACCUGGGCAGCCGAGGGGACGUGGUGAGCGUGAGGAAGAGCCUGGGCAGGAACAAGCUGCUCCCGCAGGGCCUGGCCGUGUACCCCUCCCCGGAGAACCUGCGCCUCUUCCAGGAGGAGAAGGAGCUGGCGCAGCAGGGGAAGCUGGAGGAGCCCCAAACCCAGAGCGGGCAGAAGACCCUGGAAUUCCUGCGGCGCUGCCGGCUCCAGGUGGGGAUGAAGAACAACGUGAGCUGGGAGCUCAGCCCCGACAUCGUGGCCCGGCACUUCCUCAAGAACCUCGGGGUGUUCGUGCCCCCCCACGCCCUGCGGCUGCCACCGGAGCCCAUCACACGCUGGGGACACUUCUGGUGUGACGUCACGGUGAACGGGCUGGACACGGUGCGGGUGCCCAUGGACGUGGUGCAGUUCCUGCACCCCAAAACCAAAUGCUUCCGGCACUGGCAGCAGCAGCAGCAGCAGCAGCUGGAGAGCAGCAGGGAGCGGCUCCUCUGACCCCCCCCGGGGAUUUGGGGUCCCCUCCGAGGGAUUUGGGGUCCCCAGAAUGGAUUUGGGGCCGUUCCCCCCUCUUUGGGAUCCCCUCA